AUGAAGUACUCCCUCACCACCCUCGCAGCCGUCGCGCCUCAAAUGGGCCUGGCCCUCGUCGGCAACAGCUGGUCGUUCAGCGGCAGUCCCCGCAAUGGCCUCCGGGACAUCACCUUCCCCUUCAACAUGGCCGGAGCCGCUCACGACUCAGGCUACUACUUUGCCCAGCAGUUUAGUUUCAUCGGCAUACCAGAGGUCAGCUACUGCGGCAUUCAGAACCGCCCCAACGUCCAUGGCAAGAGCAUCGUUCACGGCGUCUUCUCGACCUUCCAGGGCGGCGCCACAACCACCGACAAAAACUGCCACCUGGGAGCAGAUUACGGCCCCGGAGUAAGCUGCGCUGUCGACUUCGUCGGCGAUUACAAACACACGUACAACAUUGUUGUCAGGCAUAGAAAUGACACGACGUGGACGGGCACCGCUGUUGAUACCGUCACUGGUCACGCCGUGCACAUCGGUUCCUUCACCUUGCCGUCUGACGCGGGUGGUAUCGACGCUGGCGGCCAGAUGGGCUUUGUGGAGUACUUUCCCUGGAACGGUGGUACUCAUAAGUGCUCCGAUCUUCCCAAGAAUACAGUUACCAUGUAUUCGCCAACUUCCAAGACGGCCAAGGCUGGCAAGGGAACCAUGGAUCAGCCGUAUGAGUAUGGCGACUGCGUCGGGCAGGUCGAUUUCUCCACCAGCGCUGCUGGUUCUAAUGGAUGGAAAAUCGCUGUUGGGUUUUAG